AUGGACCUCAGCACAGCCUACCGCUACAACCAGAAUAUGAUGGAGUAUUACACGUGUCACGGAGGAGUUAAUCAACUUGGAGGUGUUUUCGUGAAUGGGCGGCCUUUACCAGACGUUGUCAGGCAAAGAAUAGUUGAGCUAGCUCACAGUGGUGUCCGACCCUGUGACAUCUCUAGGCAGCUCAGGGUCUCCCAUGGCUGUGUAUCAAAAAUUCUGUCCAGGUAUUAUGAGACUGGUAGUUUCAAGGCCGGAGUAAUAGGGGGCUCCAAGCCAAAAGUAGCAACACCACCAGUAGUUGAUGCGAUCGCAAACUACAAAAGGGAUAAUCCCACGAUGUUUGCCUGGGAGAUACGUGACAGAUUACUUGCUGAAGGCAUCUGCUCACAAGACAACGUACCAUCCGUCUCAUCAAUCAAUCGAAUCGUUAGAAAUAAGGCAGCAGAGAAGGCAAAGCAUGCGCACCAGCAACACCAGCAACAGCAGGCUCAACAACAGCAGCAACAGAGUCAGCCCCAGCAACAGCAGCAGCAGCAGGCAGGCACAGGUGGUUCGGUGUCCGUGAUAGCACAUGCGCCUGCGACAGCUGGAGGCCACCAAGGUACUGUAGCCACUAACGCUUAUAGCAUAAGCGGCAUCCUAGGCAUUCCAGCCCACCACCAGGACCCUAACGGUAACAGCAUCAAGACGAAGCGUUCCGACGAUGGUCAAAUCGUUAGAAAUAAGGCAGCAGAGAAGGCAAAGCAUGCGCACCAGCAACACCAGCAACAGCAGGCUCAACAACAGCAGCAACAGAGUCAGCCCCAGCAACAGCAGCAGCAGCAGGCAGGCACAGGUGGUUCGGUGUCCGUGAUAGCACAUGCGCCUGCGACAGCUGGAGGCCACCAAGGUACUGUAGCCACUAACGCUUAUAGCAUAAGCGGCAUCCUAGGCAUUCCAGCCCACCACCAGGACCCUAACGGUAACAGCAUCAAGACGAAGCGUUCCGACGAUG